UAAUAACUCAAAAUGUGGUUCAUUCUAUAAUUCCUAUAAAUUCACAUGAUUUCAUCAUUAGAAACUGUGAUUCGAAUCUCAGAAAAUGCAAAAACUUGGUCAGACGUCCAAAUCAGUUCUCCCAACAAUACUUAUAUACUAAAUAUAGAGAACACAGUAACAUAUCCCUAUUACGCUAUUAAUGUUGAACUGCAUAAGCAAGAUGACACCUUUUCAUUGCACUACGGAAUCGAUAAACCCCCUGAAUUUAGUUUAAAUUUAUCUGAAAUCACGGAAGUGUAAGGAUUCGAUAUCUAUGGGUAUUGCAACUAUACUAAUGCAUAUUAGGUAUCUUGAAAAUAGGUUUACCCAUUUCAUCCUGUUGUCCAGCGAAGAUUUCCAUUCAAAAUAAGUUUAUAUAUCCACUUCUUCAGAAUGGACCCAAAACUACAAUAUUACAGUUACUGCCACUUAUGAUAAACUGUGUCCAAACAACUGCACCAACCAAGGCAGUUGCUAAGUAUUCAAUAAAUUAUCUAUGAAGGAUGGAAAAUGUUUAUGCAACAAAAAUUAUAUUGGAAAUGACUGUCAUUAACAGGCAACUUAUAUUGUAUAAAAUAAAGAGAUAUUUCUUAACUUAGAGAACACUGUUAAGUAUGCUUACGUAGAUUUAGAAGAAAGUGAAAAUCAAACCAUGAGUUUAAUAGUUCAAGUAUUUGAAAUAAUGAAAUCAAGACUAACAGUUCUGAGGGAGUCGAUCUCUAUAUAAUGAAAACUAGAGUUCUUUACAUUCCUGCAUUGGAGGAUUUGAAUAGGAAAUAUUACGAUCAACUAGUAGAAGGCAAUGAAGUUUCAUCCCUAUACCCAAUUGAAUUUGAAUUAAAAGACAGAAAUGAUAUUAGCACUCAAAUUCAAAAACGAGUCAGAUUUAUAUUCAAAUAGAAGUCUCUUAGAGAAUAACACAUUCAAAUUUCUCUGGAUCUUAUUAACCAACGAACCCAAAAUACAAUCUCAACUACUACAGUAAUAAUCAUAGUUGCAUCGAUUGCUGGGAUUAUUAUGUUCUUGAGUGUAUCGUUUGCUGUCGGCAGAUACUUCAGAAAUAAGAAAAUUAAGGACACCUUGGCUGCUUUGGCCAUCAUAAGAUAGAUGCAACAGGAAAAAAAAUACAGUGCAAAGAGCUUUGAUGACGAAAUCUUAGAGCAACUCCCCCAAAUUUAAAAUGAUCAAAUCAAAAACACAGAUGUCUGUCCAAUUUGUCUAGAUCUGUACAUCAAUAAACCAGAUCUCAGAUCUACUAAAUGCAGGUAUUGUAUUAAACUAUCUGAGACAUUUAUUUCAUAGAGAAUGCAUACUUUCUUGGAUCUAUAUCAACAAAAACUGUCCCACCUGCAGGAGUGAUCUAAAAAUACAUAUGAAUCACCAUAGAAACCAACAACAGUGA